AUGAAGAAUCUCCCGUUCUACGACAUCGCUCGGUGGCAGGUACACGAAACUGAAGAUGACUGCGACCUCAUUAUACAGACCAAUAACAGACAAGCCUUCUAUUGCACAGUCUUUCCGUCAAAUUUUCAGCGAUCACUCCAGCUCACAGACCAGUGGACUAAGUCUUACCGUCCAUCAGAUGUUGAGAUAUUGUACAAUCGCUCUGAAGACGUGUUAAUCAAACGACUACACAGGGUCCAUGUUGAUAGUGUAGUCAAGUGUCACUUCAAACCUUUUGGGCUCUCAUUUGGUGCAGCACGUGCAAAGAAGGAGCUUGUAACGUUAAAAAUCUGUUGCCUACACAGAGUUGUUUACGACAGGGACAGGUUAAUAGGAAUACUGUCUAUUUGGAUUAACACAAAGGGGGUGCUGUUAAAAGCAAGAGCAGAGCAGAACCCACCCGAUCUGAGGAAGCGUUGGAAAACACAGAUCAACACAUCUUUGGAGAAGCUGCACCAGAAGGGCAUCACCUGGGGCGAUGUUGAAGAUGAGAAUGUUCUUAUCGACAGGGACGACAACGCAUGGAUCAUCGACUUUGGGGGCAGUUAUACCUGUAGAUGGGUUGACAAGGAGAAGGCUGGGACACUGGCAGGCGACGCACAGGGCUUAGCAAAGAUACUCGAUAUUCUUCAGUAA